AUGAACUUCUCUCAAGUUCUUAAAAAUGGCUCGUUUGUUUGUUUUGCCUUACAAGAUCCACUAAAGAACGACCUAUUAGCAGUGCAAACUAUUCGUAACAACAUAAUGUCAUCCACUCUUCUAGCUACAACCACAAUCACUCUGAAUGUGAACCACGGAUGCUUGUUUUGUUCUAUUGAUUUGAGAGAAUUAUACUUCUUGUUUCUACUUUUUUCGUGGAUCCUUGGACCAAUACCCAUGUUCAUGUGUUGCAGCAUCAUCAUGUUGUCCGGCUAG